AUUUUUUGAGUUAUUGCCAUUUGUUAAUUUUCAUACUUUAUUUUUGUCCAGGCCAUUUCUCCUAAAGGAUAAAAGCUAUGGACUUGAAACUUCAUAGGAUGAUAGAUCUCAUUAAGAAGAAGUGCAGUGCAUAAGAACGGGUACUCUGCAUUUCUUAUUUUUUUGAGUUAUUGCCCUUUGUUAAUUUUCAUACUUUAUUUUUGUCCAGGCCAUUUCUCAUAAAUAUAAGAAGUGCAGUGCACAGAGACUGCUUCUCUGCAUUUCUUAUUUUUUGAGUUAUUGCCCUUUGUUGAUUUUCAAAUUUCAUUUUUGUCGUGGCCAUUUCUCCUAAACUAUAUUGUUCAUAAGGCGACACAUCCGACUCGCGGAGUUCUAGUUAUUACUUAUAGUUAAUUUUUUACUAAUUGUGUUUGGGGACCUUUCUGUUGAAAAUGUGUCAGAGUUAAAUCGUAUACAUAUACAUGCACAGUGCGUUAACUGGAGUGCAGGUAUUAGUUACCCGCACUCCAGAGCAUGCCCAUUGAUUGGCUUAUUUUUGCUGGGGUUUACUUAUUGUGGCGGCAAAGAAAGGGAAAGCGAUAAAAGUAUCAUAUUCAGAUGCUCGUUCAUUGGUUACUUUUUUCUGGGGUUUUAUAUUGUGACAACAGGGAACGUGUUUUUAUACCACCGAAACGAAGUUUGGGGGGAUAUAAAGCAGUCACUCGGUGGUCGGUUGGUUGGUCGGUCGGUCGGUCCAGCGGUCCGUUGCAUUUUCCUUGUUCGGAGCAUAACUUAAAGACUAAUGGUUGGAAUUCAAUACAACUUCAUACAAUGGUCAAACACAUUGAGAGGAAGUGCCGUGCACAAGAACCAUAACUCCAUCUUCACUAAUUACAGAGUUAUUGCUCUUUGUUACUUUUCCUUGUCCAGAGCAUUUUGACUUGAAAAUUACUGGUUGGAAUUCAAUACAACUUUAUACAAUGGUCAAGCACAAAAAGGGGAAGUGCAGUGCACAAGAACCAUCACACCAUUUUGACAAAUUACAGAGUUAUUGCCCUUAGAUACUUUUCCUUGUCCGGAGCAUUACUUGAAAAGUACUGGUUGGAAUUCAAAACAACUUCAUACAAUGGUCAAGCACAAAAAGCAAUUGCAGUGCACAAGAACCAUAACUCUGUCCAGAGUAAUUAUAGAGUUAUUGCCCUUUGUUACUUUUCCAUUGUUUUUUUCUUGUCCAGAGCAUAACUUGAAAACUAUUAGUUGGAAUUCAAUACAACUUCAUACAAUCGUCAAGCAUAUUAAGAGAAAGCGCAGUGCACAAGAACCAUCACACUAUUUUGACAAAUUACAGAGUUAUUGCCCUUCGAUACUUUUCCUUGUCCGGAGCAUAACUUGAAAAGUACUGGUUGGAAUUCAAUACAAUUUCAUACAAUCGUCAAGUAUAUUGAGAGAAAGUGCAGUGCACAGAAACCAUAACUCUUUAUUGACUCAUUUAAGAGUUUGCCCUUUGUUACUUUUUAUUGUCAAGUGCAUAACUUGAAAGUUAAUGGUUGGAAAGAAACUUCAUACUAUGGGCAAGGGCAGUGAGAUGAAGUGCAGUGCACAAGAACCAUAACUUUAUUUGGACUAAUUACAAUAAAAACAUGGAAGUGUCGGGGAAAUUUGCUGUUUCUUCAGAACAAGAUUCCAAUCUUUACUGCUUUCCUUGCGACAGAGAAGGUUUAAAAGAACCAGCUUUUGGUUAUUGUCAGGACUGCGAGGAACAUCUUUGUGAGAGUUGUUAUAAACACCACAGGAAACCAAAACCUACCAUGAACCACGUCCUGCUUGAUAAAGACAGAAUGCCACAGCAAUCGAAGUCCGGGAAUACAAACAAUGAUCAAAUAACUGAUUUUUGUACAAAGCAUAGCGAUAAACCACUGGAAUUCUAUUGUAACACACAUGAGUCUAAUAUGUGUUACGUUUGUGUGACUCUAGAACACAAGCACUGCAAAGUAGACUAUAUUCCCGAUGUUUCAGGAAAUGUGUCUGGUGAGCUUGAAAAACUGAUUGACAGAAUGGAGACACUUAUGCAAAAGUGUAAAUCUAAUGUUAGAAUUGCCGAGACUGCUACAGCAAACAUAGAACACAUGUAUACGGCCGUUGUUGAAGAUAUACAAGUUUUCAGAAAUGAAAUAAACGAAUGUCUGGAUAAGAUGGAAGCCGAAAUUAUGAGGGACGCUAAAUCUCUCGCACUGACAGCAAAGAGUAAACAAGAAAAUGUAAUGACAGGAAGCUUACAUAUCGCAGAGGAAAUGUCAAGUACAAUGUCAAUGCUCAAGUCUCUGAGUGACGAAAACAAGCGGAAUAAGCUGUUUAUUGAGAUGAAACACGCUGAACCUCAAGUUGCAAAACUAUCGGAUAAAGAGAAACAAUUAGCUGAAGAUAUCAAAACAGAUGCUGAAAUCAUAUUCAUACAAAAUGAGAAGACACUUAAUAAACUGAAAAGUAGCAACAUUCUUGGAACGAUUUCGGCAUACAGGAGACCUUGUGCAGAAAGUGCAGUAUGUGUCCAAUAUGAAAGAGAAAUUCAAGUGCAACCCCCCUCUGAUAAGUCAAGAAGCAAUAUCUUAGGAAUGGUACUGAUUUCCACAACAAAUAUGAUCGUCGCUGACUACAACAAUAAGAAAAUUAAAAUAAUUAAUAUAGACACAGGAACGCUGGUAUCAGAGAUAAUCCUAUCUUCAUCACCACGCGAUGUUAUAAAACUUCCACAAAAUAAACUUGCUGUUGCAUUACCUGCUGAAAAGUGUAUCCAGAUAGUGUCUUACACUGAUACAAGUUUGUCUUUAGAUCGUCGUAUAGAUGUCGGAGAAUCGUGUUAUUGUGUAGCUUAUUGUCAGGACAAGCUAGUAGUAGGCUGUAAUUUUAAUCCAGGAAAGCUGGUUAUUCUGGAUUUAGACGGAAAUAUCAUACAGGUGUUUGAUACUCCUGGCUUGUUUAAGGGGCCCGACAAGAUUGUUAUCAGCAGUGAUGAGAAGUUCAUGUAUGUAUCUAAUUAUGAUGGUCAGCAAAGUGAAGUUGUAAAAGUAGACUGGCAAGGUAAUGUUUUACAAAGAUUCGCGGAUCAAGGAUAUAUAUAUCCUAAAGGAAUACAAGAGUUGGAAGAUGGUACGUUGUUAGUAUGCUACACAGACAGUAGCAAUAUUGUAAGAUUGUCGAGCAGCUUCAAGAAAUGUGAAAUUGUAGGAUUAGAGAAAACAGACUUUUAUAAUCCAGUGGCUGUAUAUUACAAUGAUAGAAAUCAUAAACUGUACAUUAGUUGUUCGUCUGAAAGUGGAAAAAGUUCUCCUCGUGAUAUAAUCAAAAUAUUUAGUGUAAAAUGGACUUAGAGAUAUGUUACCGUUCAAUUCAUUACUUUGAGUGUAAUCUAGUAUUUAUAGAAGACAAUUAAUUUUAAGAAACGAUAGUGUAUCCAUUUCAUUUACUGUUAAGGAGAAAUAUCUUUCUGAAGUUAUUCUGACAGUGACAUUUGUGUAAUAUAUUGUAUCAUAUCAUUUUGCCAAUAAAUAUUUAGAUUUUCCACAAAUUUUCUUUAAUUGAUAAAAAGCCCAGCAGUUAAAACAUCGAAGACAUCCUGGUUACUUUUGAGAUAAAAAAAUCAGUAGAGUUUCUAUUUGCUGGUAUUCAUGUAUAUUAUUGUAUUAGGUGAAACAUCAUUCAAAUGGAACAUCUAGGAACAGCAAAUAACGAUAAGUGCAAAUGUGAUAGAGAAUAAUGAUUAUUUGAUCACUUUUUAUGUUCGACAUGGCAUUGUUAUAUCCAACAGGACUGCUUUGUUAUGAACAAACCUGCAAAAUACAAUUUAAAACCUUUUAAGAAAAUGAAUGCCCAUAC